AGGGGCUGUGUGUUUUGAGUCAGUUUUUAAACAGAGCUUAGAGCUCAGUAACACUUCAUACCCAGCAGUCAGCAUAGUCACUACAAAAUGUCCUCGCAAAUGCAGUGUCACUGUCGAGCAUGCCGCCACAAUGUUCCCAACGAGAUCAUCGACCUGUGCAGUCCACAGAAGCAGCCAGUGAAGCGACUACGCAGUGAUCUCGGAGAUUCGGAUGAACCCUACAUGUGUCCAAUUUGCAUGGAGAAUGUGCGACGACGCCAACCAGCUGCCACGCCAUGUGGCCACGUCUUUUGCUACGACUGCAUUCAGAAGGCCAUCGGAGAUUAUAAAAAGUGUCCGAUGUGUAACAAAAAAAUCAUGUAUAAGCAAUUAACUCGAAUAUUUCUUUAAAUCAAUUUCCAGUUCUGUUUUCAGUUGCUACGUUAUGUGUUAUUAAAUUCUUUGCCUUAUUAUUU